AUGUCUUCUCAACAGUCGGUCGCAUCUGUAUUUCCAGCGCCACCAGAAUACUAUAAACGAUAUACGAAUGAAAAUUUAGCCCUAUUGGAAAAAUAUAAAGAGCAGCUACGGCAACAACAGCUAUCAGUGUCAACGGAAGGAGAAAACGACACAAAGUUACCAACAAACAUUCAAGCACCUGUAAUACCCGCCAUUAAUUCACUCCGAGAAUGCAGUGUGCUGGAACUCGAGCCUCCGCCGCCGAUAAUAGAAGGUCAUUAUGAGAUGUUUGGUGAAUUAUGGCCGGUUGAAGAUCGAUUGAUGUCUUUGGAAGAACAAGGAAAGGAGCAGUUAUAUCCGAAAGGCGAUAUCGAUCCAGUGGUAGAGCUAAAGAAACUGAAUCAAUCAUUAAUAUCUAAUUUCAUUGACUUGCUUAACACACUGAUGAACCAACCGGAACAGUCGGCCGAUAAGGCAAAAUAUUUGGAAACCAUAUUCGUAAACAUGAAGCAUUUAUUAAAUGAAUUUAGACCGCAUCAGGGCAGGGAAACGUUACGUUUGAUAAUGGAGGAUCAGUUGCAAAAAAGAAAAGAAGCAACCGAACAGAUUAAAAAACAAUGUGCCGAUCUGGACCAAAUACUAGAAAAUGUAAAACGGUCAUGGAAAGCUCUCGAUGAGAAAAAGACUAUUCUGGCCACUGACACUCAACCAAGACAAUUCGCUCAUUCUAAACCGUUAGAAACAUCGAAUACAAAAUACCAGAUAGGACCUGACACUAUGAAGAAGAUGCUACAGAUGACUGAUAGCAUCGAGUGA